AUGGCUCUCCUGCGGCAAUUCAUCGUCUUCGGGACAGACAGUGAACAAAAAGAAUCGGGUGGAAGUGCACAGGCUAACUCUGACGCCUGCCAAGCCGGCCUCGAGCGCUCAUUACGCUUCCUCCAGGCCCUAGUCACCCUCAUCGCCACUUAUCCAACCGCCCAACUCGCAGCCCUGCUCCGUCUGACGUCGAUCAGCGCAAACAUCCCGCCCCCAGCGUCAUUCUUGGAGCUGUCGUCCAAGACCAACCUGACCAGGCGCCUCCUGCGCCUCUUCCGCUUCCUGGAGCAGUUCAAGCUGGGUUGGGACUUUUAUGCCUCUGGUGUGCUCGACUUCGACACCUGGCUCGACGUGGUCGGCAAGACGUGCCUGGGCAUCUUUGGCAUGCUCGAGUCCGUCACUCUGCUGGACCUGCUGGAAAUUGACCAGCUGCAGAUAUUCGGUGCCGAGCAGACUGCGAACUUGAACUACCAAGCCCAGUAUUUUUGGCUCAUCGGUCUAUGCAUCUCCCUCUUUCGCUCGGGCACCAGGCUGUUGCACUUGCUGGGCAAUCGCAAAGCCAUCUCCAGCCCCUCGUCUAGCCACAACGUAGGAGAAAAGGAGAGCUCGCAAACUGAAAGCGAGCAUGAAAAUGGAGGCGAGGUAUCAUUGAAACAUGGUGUUGUAGCUGCACCAAAGGCGCCGGAAGAGAUUCAGGAGAAGGGAUCAUCCGCGCAUCGCAUGGAAGCAAAGAGCGGAGCAACAGAAUCGGGAGGUGCUAUCUCUUCGUUGUUGGUGAAAAUCCUGGCCGACGCUCUGGACCUGCUCCUCCCGGCGACUGCUGUUGGGCUGGUCGAACUGGAAUCCGCGGCCAUUGCAACAGCCAUGAUCAUCAGCACGGUAAUCACCGCCAAUGAUGUGUGGGCCAGGUGCGGCAAGGAAAUGUAUCGUCGAUAG